AUGGGAAACUUUAUCCGGAAGCACUGUUGCUGUUUGAAGCCAUGCUUCCCCUGCCUAUUCUUGGACACAAAUGACAAGCAGGAUGACAAAGCUGGUGAAGUCUUUGUCAACAUAGCUGUGGUAAAGCCUGACUCCCAAGAAGGACAGAAAGACCUAGAGAAUAACAGAGAAGAGGAACCUUUACCUCCACGGCCUGGCCAGGGUCUAGUGAACAUUUACAACUAUGUGGCACUCUUUGACUAUGAUGCUCGCACCGAGGAGGACUUGAGCUUCCGAGCUGGAGAUAAGCUGAAAAUACUGAAUAUAUCCAGUGAGGGCUGGUGGUAUGCAAAGCUCCUCCAGCCAACGGGAUCAGCCUGUCCUGGCCGCAAGCUCCAGGGCUACAUCCCUGCCAACUACAUCGCUGCUGACCAGAGCAUCGAAGCUGAGCCAUGGUUCUUUGGCGCAGUCACACGAGCAGAUGCCAUAAGACAACUGUCACUCCCUGGAAACCAGGCAGGAACAUUCCUAGUUCGAGAAAGUGAAAGUGUAAAAGGGAGUUACUCACUCUCAGUUUUUGAUGGUUCAUCUGUGAAGCACUACAAGAUUGGAAAGCUGGAUGGAGAAGGCUAUUUCCUAACCAGAAUGAAAACUUUCAAUACUCUGAAAGAGCUGGUUGACUAUUAUAGCACGUACAAUGAUGGCCUCUGUGUUUUGCUCAGAAAGCCAUGCCUAAAGGUACAAAUUCCUACCACUUUUGACUUGUCAUAUAAAACUGUUGAUGAGUGGGAGAUAGACCGAAAAUCUCUGAAAUUGGUGAAAAAAUUAGGAUCUGGUCAGUUUGGUGAGGUAUGGGAAGGAGUGUGGAAUAAUACCACCUCAGUGGCAAUCAAAACCUUAAAACCAGGUUCAAUGGAUCCAAAAGACUUUCUGAGGGAAGCACAUAUGAUGAAGAAGUUGAGACAUCCAAAGCUUCUACAGCUUUAUGCCAUCUGUACUUUGGAGGACCCAAUUUAUAUUAUUACCGAGCUGAUGAGAUAUGGAAGUCUUCUAGAUUACCUUCAAAAAGACAGAGGCGCUCGAAUCAAUCUGACACAUCAAGUAGACAUGGCUGCUCAGGUGGCUUCUGGGAUGGCAUACCUUGAAUCUCAGAACUAUAUCCAUCGGGAUCUGGCAGCCAGGAAUAUUCUUGUUGGUGAGCACAAUAUUUGCAAAGUGGCAGACUUUGGACUUACGAGAGUUUUUAAGGUAUGAAAGGAAAAUAUAUAUGAAUCUAGGCCUGAUACAAAACUCCCACUGAAAUGGACAGCCCCGGAGGCAUUCCUCUCCAACAGAUUCAGCAUUAAAUCAGAUGUCUGGUCCUUUGGAAUAGUUCUGUAUGAAAUAGUCACCUAUGGGAAGAUUCCUUAUGAUGGUAUGUCAGGAAGCCAGGUGAUCAAGCUGGUGGAAAAUGGGUACAGACUUCGUCGGCCGGAGAGCUGCCCACUGCUGCUCUACAACAUGAUGCUGCAGUGCUGGAGUGCAGAGCCGAGUGAGCGUCCCACCUUUGAAACCCUCGGGCAGCAGCUGAACGACUACAUGGAUACGUCCUGCUCCAGGCCUAGGUCAUGGGAAAUGAAUCCUUGGGCAGGGCCUGAGGGACAGGUGCUGGCCAGCAGGGCUGAUGGGAGGCUGCGGAAUUAG